UUAAUUACAAAGAGAUUGUUUUAUUCUUAGACCAUAUAUAUGGUCUAAGGUUUUAUUCAUAAUAAGCCACAAUUUACGCUUCUCUUCACGAAAAAAGUCGAUAUUGGUGAAAGUACUUGGGAUUUUCAUUUUGUCAAUGUGGUCACGUCGGUGUCUAACCUUACUUUUUGAUUUCUAAACACAGGAGUUUUCUUGUUGAAAAGAGCCAGAAAUGGCUUCAGGGCUCGAUUCUUUCGUCAACCAUACAGUUUCGAUUAUAACCUCUGAUGGUCGCAAUUUUAUUGGGACUCUUAAGGGCUUUGACCAGACUAUCAAUGUGAUAAUCGACGAGUCGCACGAACGAGUUUAUUCCACCACUUCCGGCGUCGAGCAGGUUAUGUUAGGGCUCCACAUAAUUCGCGGAGACAACGUGGCCAUCGUGGGACUCAUUGACGAUGAACUAGACAAUAGACUUAAUUUAUCUAAUAUUAAAGCAGAACCUUUGAACUCUGUAGUUCACUAGAAUAAAUCAAGUGACAUGGUUAAAAGUCUUAAAU